UCCAUAUUUAUUUUAUGAUGGAUUUUUGGUUUUUAGUUUUUUAAAGAAGCAUCUGCAAGAGGAGAGUCGCGCUAAUUGCGGAAAGCAACAACACUUUGGUUUAUUGGUCCAAGGCUGCAGAGUGUCAGCUUCUGACGCAGGCAGAGCACCUAUCCUCGAGUUGCACACUAACACCUGACGGCUCCAUCUCUUGCAUCGCCGGUUUUUCUCCAUAACGACUACUCCGGCUCUGCAGUUCAGGGACUCCAACGUUUUAUGGAAGCGGAGUCUGCGCACCCUGUCGCGGUCAUGCUCCCCCCAAAGAACUGCCUGCCGAGGAACUACAGCUGCAUAGCUGGACUAUUCGGGAGUCUUGCAGCGGCAAAUCCGAGGCUUGAAGAUGGGGAUGAUUUUGACAUGGUGAACGCCACUUGUGAGCCUAUCGAGAGCGCAGUGGUGAAUGAGAGGCCAAGGGGCAGGGAGAUUUCCCUGAAGCCCCCACAGAGCCCUAAUCUGCGUCGGAGGUGCACGUCUUUGCCUACACCUACAGAGAGAGCAAAGUUAGAGAUCGCCCGCAGCAGAAGCCCAACCAUUAAGAAAAAAGUCCGCUUCGCGGACUCCCUGGGCCUGGAGCUCAUUUCAGUGAAGCAUUUCGACGACACAGAUGUUCCCGAGGUGCCUGAGCGCAUAAUGGCAAAAUUACCCAAGGGACCCCUUCACCUUCAUCACUUGGAAACAAAAUUCCCCCGGGCUCCUGCGCAGUCUGUGUUCAUGGAAUUGCAGUUCACCAACCCAGGCACAUUACCCGGCUUCGAGCAGAAAGUUAGGGAGGUAAAUGUCCUGUUGGAGACCGUGGAGGCAGACGAAUUCAGCCUCUCCGGCUUCGUGCGCGUGUUGAAUCUGGCUUUCGAAAAGAGCGUCUCUUUGCGCUAUUCCCUAAACAACUGGAUAACCUUUAUGGACAGUUUGGCGUCCUAUGUUCCUAACUCGAGCGACGGUGACACCGACAAGUUCUGUUUCAAGAUAGUUAUGCCCACAUACCCAGACAACGGAGGAACAUUGCAAUUUGCAAUUAAGUACUGUGUCGGCGGGCAAGAGUUUUGGGACAAUAAUAACGGCAACAACUACAAAGUCCGUCGUCACCGGUUCAAGAUGUCUCCACCUCGGGAAUGGGAAAACGGAUGGAUUCAUUUUAUCUGAGCUUUGACGUAUGCAGUGACACGCUUGCGCCAUUUGAGCGCAAUUUAUCCCCGGGUACCUUAUAAGCCUGUAAAACAAAAGAUUCAAAUCAUUAUUAUUCCGUCAUUGUCAGCUGUAUACAUUCCGUGACAGAGAAAAUAUUUUACCACGAUAUUUCAAACAGUGACCCUGUGGUGGCGACGCACCGAGGGUUGAAAUGGCCUGCUGUUUAAGCCUGAUAGGCUUCCCGGUGUGGGAUGCUGUUCGAUAUGUUGCCUUGAUGUCAGGGCUCUGUACAGCUUGGUGCCCUUUGGGAGGGCAUGUUCUCGUUAUGUAAUAUAAAAACACGCGCCACGGAGAACGUGCCGGGUAAUGCCAAUUUCAGGCAUCACUACUCAUUUCAAGAUGCUGUAACUGUCAGUUUGCAUGUGUGCAAACAUCGACUCAAAAGCAAAAAGAAAGCAUUUUAGCUGAUGGUAGCAUACGCCCCUGGUCAUCACCUGCAGACUGGGGUAAACAUGUCUUAUCCCCCCCGCCCCCCCUAAAAGA